AUGCUUUGGGUUGACAAACACCGACCUUCUUCGCUGACCGCGCUAAGUUACCAUGGUAGCAUUAGCCAGCGGUUGGAAUCUUUGGCUCAAAAGCCUGAAAGUCUUCCUCAUCUGUUCUUUUAUGGUCCAUCUGGAUCGGGCAAGAGAACUCGCAUCACAGCUCUUUUGGGAGCGAUCUUUGGAUCUUCUGCAAAUCGACUUAAGUUGGAUCAGCGAACGUUCACCACGCCUACUGGACGUACCGUCGAGAUCCAUAUGGUGACCUCGCCACACCACGUUGAGCUCAGCCCUGGAGAUGCCGGCAACAAUGAUCGGUUUGUGAUUCAAGAUGUCCUAAAAGAACUCGCUGCAACCAAAAACAUUCGAAGUUCUGUCGCAAACAUGGACAAAGACAGCCAGCAAGCAGAUGCUGCUGCCGAAAUUAAAGUGGUUGUUUUGAAUCAGGUUGACCGUCUCUCCAAGCAAGCCCAAGCUGCGUUGCGUCGAACAAUGGAGAAAUAUGCCGCUACCUGUCGGCUUAUUUUAUGCUGUGACAAUCCUAGCAAGUUGAUUGCUCCAUUGAGAUCCAGAUGUCUAGGAAUCAGAGUACCUGCCCCUUCGAUAACCGAGAUUGUAGGAGUUUUGAAUGCAGUUGCACAAAAGGAAAAUCUGACCCUUAGCGAUGCAUUUGCUGAAAAGCUUGCCAAGGAGAGCAAUCGUAAUCUACGAAAGGCUUUGCUGAUGCUCGAAGCAGCAAAAGUUCAAGCUGGUGGGAACCAAUUGGGAGCUGAUCAAAUUCUACCAUCCACUGACUGGGAAUUGUACAUCUCACAACUGGCCCAAGAUAUCACCAAUGAGCAAAGUCCCUCGCGACUUAUGGCAGCUCGUGAAAAGCUGUAUGAACUUCUAGUCAACUGCAUUCCCGCAACCACAAUUUUGAAGAAACUCACAGGGGAAUUGAUCUCCAGUCUCGACGACUCGCUCAAAUUGGAGGUACUGGAAUGGGCUGCCUUCUACGAACACCGAAUUGCAAUGGGAAGUAAGGAGAUUUUUCAUUUGGAAGCAUUUGUGGCAAAGUUCAUGGCUAUUUAUAAAAAGUACCUCAAUGACAUGUUCGCUGAUGAUUUCUGA